AGGAUAACAAUUUAAUUAUCAUCUUCCAAAUCCUCCCUUACGCCCCUGUCUUUUUUCCGACGUCAAUCAGGGGAUCUGUCUUGUCUCAAGGAUGGUAAAUAAACAACCACCUGUUUAUAGUUUGAGUUCCCGGAAUCUCGCGCCUCUUUCCCGACCAGUCCAACAAGGGAUUCCACAUUAUGAGUCGCUUACCUACCUCCCGCCCUGCACUAUAUUUCUUAAUCGUUGGCGUUGUACUGCUCUCGACCAUCCUCUACCUCACAUUCUUUGUCUUUAUCUACUCCGACUCCGAAGGAAACUCGACUUUUUCGUUCGGUUCUCCAUUAAACUUUUGCUCAUCCAAUGAUAAUGAUCAGCAAGCUUUGGCGAAAUUGACCUCGACCACUACCACAACUGUAACUAUCACAGCGAGACCGACAGCAAGGCCAACGGAAAUAGCGACAUCGAAGCCUGUCGAAGUAGCGAAGAAUCCCGAGCCCGCAUACUGCAAUUAUUGCACGUCUACUGACGAGGUUUGCAAAAGAUAUGGCUCCUUCAAUCUUGCUCGUUCACGCGCCUACGAAGGCCCCAAUACACGUCUCAAACGCGUUAUCCGAAAACUACAGUCUGGAAAGAAAAUCAAAAUCGGUAUCAUCGGCGGCUCCGUUUCUAAAGGUCACGGAUUACGAGACCACCGUCUCAACUGGUCCUACCUUUAUGCUGAAUCUAUUCGCGAGACUUUUGCCAAAUCAACUUCCGCUGAUGCUGCCAAUAUUGAAGUUGAACUCAUUAACGGCUCAGUUGGAGCGACAAUCAGCCAAUAUAUGGAGACGUGUUUCCGAGAACACAUUCCGGAAGACGUGGACUUGGUCAUUAUAGAGCUGGCGAUUAACGACCAGCGAUUGGAGUAUUUGGCCAAAGGAUACGAGAAUCUUAUACGAGCAAUCUUCGCCCUACCUAACCAUCCUGCCAUUAUAAACGUUCAGGUCCUGGCUCUCAUGUUCCCAACGAUAACAAUGGGAGGCGACCUUCAUACUGCCGUAGCUCAGUACUACGAUACUCCCAUCAUCAGUCUUCGUAACGUUAUUCUUCCGCACAUCUUACGUUCUACUCAACUAAACUCUUCCGAUAACUCUCUUGAAGAAUACUGGUUCAAUGUUGAUGCAAAUGGCGUCGACCUUCGUCACAUCAGCUUCCACGGCCAUCGUAUGAUUGGUGAUCUUCUCAAAUCGUUCACUUCUCGCGUCGCAUGCGAAGGCUGGCGAGAAGAACAAUCCCAACAAAUUGGUUCAAACGGAAAGACUUCAGAUGUCGUCGGAGGUAGGGAUUGGACUCCUUACGAUGAUGAUCGUCUUGAAGGGUUGACGUUAAGCCUUCCUAAUCCUAAUGAGGGCGAGGCUGUUUCUGAGUAUAUUCCCCGUCUAUCCUUGUUCCAAAAGUUCGACCACACCACCGUUCUUCAGCCCGCUAUACCGUUUUGCCGUACAACUACAACUCUCACAAGUACCGGCCAACUCUCUUCGCCUUACGCACACCAACUAGAGCCCCUGGCUCCGCCGCUGUCAACCGAGGGUCCCGACGCGUUCGCGAUGUGGAACCAUCCACAGAAUCCUGGCAAGGUGUGGUUGACUGGACGAAAACCGGGUGUCAAAGUAGCGUUCAAAGUUCAGACUAGUGCGUUAGGAAGGAUAAGGGUGACGUAUUUGAGGAGCGGAAGUUAUGGCUUAGGAAGCGUGUGGUGUUGGGUCGAUGACAACAGGAACAAGGGCAAAAGACUAGAUGGAUAUUGGGAAUACAAAGACAUUCAUGUAGCAAACUCGCACGUCGUCACUGAAGACGCCACACCAGGUGAACAUAUCCUGCAUUGCGAAAUCAUGAAGGAGACGAAAGAUCCCGGAGGCGGAACAGAAUUCAGGAUUGUCGCUGUGGAUGCGCUGUAGUUCGGGUCCACGGAGGGGUGUCAAAGUGGAAUUUUACCUCUAGAUUUGUGGAAACGUCUAUGUAGUACGUGUUUUGUAAGUGUAUAGUGGAUAUUCCUCGCGGGACUAUAUACAAUAUAGCAUAUAUUUGUUGUAAUUUACAGUU